AUUAUGAGAUGAGGCCAACACCACUACGGCAUCACAGUCACAAGUCGCACUCUACCGUAUCAUGGAAGGCGGUGGUACUGGUACACUCGGCAACGCUUUAUAUAGUUGUGUCAGAAAAGGAAGCAGCACCAUUCGAAGAAGCAUACAAAGCUUUCCAACCGUCAAGUCGAGAAGAGCUCAGCCUGAGCAACAACCUCCCGAACUUUCUUCACCCCAUCACAGAAUCUUGCAGGUGGCACUUUGUCAACCUCAACUUGAGUAGUACAUACAUUACUCCGGUAUAAUACAAUGAUUGAAAUAUCGUGGGGAGAAGCGGUUGUGGUGAUGGGCGUGACGUUUGCGGUGAUUGGCCGAAAGGAUCUGCCUCGGUUUGCCGGGUAUUUGGGUCGAGGCGUGGGACGGACCGUGGGACUUUUGCAAGGAGCUCGACAACGGGCCGAAGCAUAUGCUCAAGAAACCGAAUUGAAACAGUUGCAUCAAGAAUUUAAAUCCGGCUUGAAUGAAUUGAGUGCCGUGCGACGAGAAGUCGAUACCACCAUGAAUCCCUCCCGCAAAAUGGUCGGUAGCCGACCACCCAUUCAACUGACCCAUGAAACCCAUGGAGCUGCAUCGGCAUUAUCGGGUAUUCAGACCACUACAGCCACUGCAGCAACAACCAACAAUAUCAUGGCUCAGAUGGGAAAUCUUGCUGCUAGAAAUCCCUCAACAGGAACUGAUGCACUACAAUCUUCCAUUCCACAAUUUUCAUCCCUACCACCACCAAACGCUUUGCCUGUCUCAUCAUCUCCAGAAUUCCAAUCAUCAUCAUCAUCGCCACAACCUAGCAACAAUUCCUCUAUUCGACAAUUACCACCCGAAUCACAGACGAUUGGAGCCGUGGCCGAAGAGGAAUGGGAAAAACAAGGCAUGGGAUUCCGAUCACGCGCCGAACGAGGAGCUGGAUUGGGAUACACGGACGAUCAAGCCAAUGAUCCUUUGAAUUCCGGGAGUUCCAUUCUGGCCAAUGUCUACAAGCAAAAUCUUAUACACGAUCAGUACGAUCGAGUCACGCAGUAUCAGGAGAGUCUAUUGACACAACAACAAGAGCAGGCAGAAGAUGCACCUAUUGUGGGAAGGAAUUCGGGAGAUGCAAGCGUAGAAAAAGACAAGAGAGUAUAACAAUAGAAUACCACAACCCCGCUAAAUGGCUUCCAUCUAGGGAGAGGCGAGGAGAGGCAAACGCCAAGCAGAAACAUGAUAGGGGGAGGGGCGUUUAAUGGAAUACGGCUUCAUGCACAUGUCGCUAAUGGUUCCAGGAUCUAGCUAGAAAGCAAUCCAUGCGAGAAGGGUUCACCAGUAUCAUGUCCCUCAAAAAUUUCUUCUAUUUUAGGUCUAUGCAAUCUUCUU